AUGAAGGAAGAUAUCAAGAAGCGUUGCUUAAACCAUGCCCUCAGUAUGACAGGAACUGUUCCCCACAUCUCAGAAAGUUACUCAAAGGAAUUAAGGGAACUGAUCAGCCAAAUGCUCAGCUGUGACCCUAAAGAAAGACCUUCUUCUGAGGAGAUCCUCAGAAGACCAUUCCUGAGAGAGGCAGUAAGGAGAUUUAAGAGAAUUCCAGAAGGGUUGGAACAAAGCUUAAAGAAGUCCAUCAAUACUUUUGUUGAGGCCUAUAAUGAGCACUAUAAAGAUUUUGAGGUUUUAGUUAAAGAGUGGGGGGAAACAACAGAUUCAUUAGAAGACAUGCAUUAUAAAGCCACAGCAGGCAGUCUGUCAGGAGCAGUGAUUGGGACAGCAGGGGGAGUCACUGCACUGGCUGGUGUAGCUUUGGCACCUGUCACAUUUGGAGCAUCUCUGUUGGUAUCAGCUGUGGGUGCUGGAAUUGGAGUUGCAGGCGGUAUAACAGGUGCUGCCUCCAACAUUACAGACUCAGUAAAGCAAAAAUCAUAUCGCGAGAAUCUUGAACAAAUUGAGAAGAAGUAUAAAAGUUCAAGUGAACCAAUCCUCAAUACUCUGAAUAAACUGAGAGAGGUGCUGGGGAAAGUAUAUAAAUUCUCUAUUUUUGAAAGGAACUUACAUGCUAACAACACACAACCAGCAUGGGAGAUAGGUAAAGGUGCAGCAGAUUGUGCCACUGGAGCAGUGAGUCUGGCUAUGCUGGCAAAUGUGGGCAGGAUUGCUCUUCAGGCUUCUAAAAUAGGACGAGUAGUAGCAGCAGCUUCAGGUGUGUUGAGUGGAAUAUUAGUUGUUGUUGACGUCGUCUUCAUAGUGAAAGAUUCCAAAAAGAUUCAUGAGAUGAGAAAGCACUGGAGAAAUGAUGAUCCAGAUAAGGUCAAAUCCAGUGUGCUCAAGUCAAUCGCACAGAUGAGGAAAACACACAAAGAGCUCUGCAAAGUCUUGGAGGACAUCAGAGGAAUUAGACAUGAACUAAAAAAAUACACCGGUCAGUAG